CCUUUCACGCAUCUUUUGUCCUGUGCCCCGCACUGCGGUUCGGUGCUGUGCUUGCAGAGGGUUGAGCAGUGUGGGUGGAGGCCUCCCAGGGGUGAAGAUGGCUCGCUCAGGGUCUCGCUACUCCUUCGAUGUCCCAAACCCCUGCAUCAACUUUGCGACUUUAAGCGAUGAUGAUGUGCACAAUGCAGACUCCUGGUUUGACCAGCAAGCCAACCUGGAGAAUAUCCCUCCUGCAGAAAAUCUGGCAAAGGUCUUGCAGAACAGUCCUGCUUUUUCAAAGCCUCCUCUCAUUCUUUUUCCUCUCACAUCACAAGGAAUAACAAAGAAUGAAAGCUGUGAAGAGGAUGGAGCAGAAGUAUCAGAGAGCAGUGUGGUUCCUCAGAGUACUGCUGGAUCCCUGACAAGCUGGAAAGCUCCUGCUGAGGCCCCUCAAAGAGCGGGCAGAAGACCAGCUGCAAAGCAAAGGAAAACACAGCAACGCAAACAGCCAGCUGCAGUGAAAGUGGAGAAAAAUGCUACUGCGUUGGCUAACAAGGAAGAGGCUCCACCCCUGAAAAAAAUGAGAAUUUCUAGCAGCAAGGAGAAGCUGACAGAUGGAUCCCCAAAGAAGGAGCUUUUGCAUCAUCCUGACCUGUCCCCAGCAAGAGGGAAAAACAAACUGACCGUGCCCUCCACGCCAACAAUGUUGAAGAGGACCAAUACUGCUGGCAAGCUGAAGAGUACAGAGGAGCAGGAGUUGGAAAAGAUGCAGCAGCUGCAGCGGGAGGUCGUGGAGCUGCGGAAGAAGAAUGAGGAGUCCCUAAAGGCAGCUAUUGCUGGAACAGGACAACCUGUGAAGAGAGCUGUUGGUCAAGUAACGAAGCCAGUUGACUUCCAUUUCUGCACAGAGAAUAGAAUUAAGCAACAUGUGGAAAGCCAGCCUGAGAAGGAGUACAAGGAAGUGGAUUUUGCAGCAGUGCUGAGGAAGCAUCCUCCUUCUCCAAUGCGAAUGCCAAAGGGACCCACUGUCCCCAAACCUUUCAAUCUGUCCACGGGAAGCAAAAGAAAGCUGGAAGACACCUCAUCAGAGUACGUGUCCCUUGCUCAGCAGGUUGAAGCAUUCCAGAAACGCACACCCUCUCGUUACCAUUUGAGGAGCAGGAAAUCUGAUGAAGGCCCAGUUCCAGCAAAGCCAGUGAAAGCUCGACUUACCAACCCUAAAACACCAGUGCUUCAAACAAAGCACCGCUUCAGACCUGUUGCCUGCAAGAGUGCAGCAGAACUAGAAGCAGAGGAAAUUGAGAAAAUUCAACAGUACAAAUUCAAAGCACGGGAGCUGGAUCACAAAAUUUUGGAGGGUGGGCCAAUCCUGCCCAAGAAACCCCCAGUGAAGGAACUCACACAGCCAAUUGGCUUUGAGUUGGAAAUAGAGAAAAGAAUUCAGGACCGUGAGAAUAAGAAACAGCAGGAAGAGGAGCACUUCAAAUUUCAUUCCAGGCCGUGUCCAACUAAAAUCCUGGAGGACGUUGUGGGUGUUCCAGAGAAGAAAGUGCUUCCUGUUACUGUACCCAAGUCUCCAGUCUUUGCCUUGAAAAGCAGAACCCGAAUGACUAGCAGAGAUGAAGAGAAGGAAAAGGAGGUUGCCCCUGUGAUCAAAGCUCACCCUAUGCCACACUACGGAGUGCCUUUCAAACCUAAAAUGCCAGAACAGAGGCAUGUGGAAGUUUGCCCCUUCUCUUUUGAUUCCCGUGACAGAGAGCGGCUAAUACAGAAAGAGAAAAAAAUAGAAGAAUUGCAGAAGGAAGAGGUGCCAAAGUUCAAGGCGUUGCCUCUGCCUUAUUUUGACCACGUGAAGCUGCCAGAAAAGAAGGUCAAAACCCCAACUCAGCCUGAGCCAUUCAAUCUACAGGUUGACGAGCGGGGAGCUGCCAAGCAACAGAGCUGGAAACAGCAGCUUGAAAAAGACUUGAAAAAGCAGAAGGAGGCAGCAUGUUUUAAAGCUCGUCCCAAUGUAGUGGUGUACCAGGAGCCUUUUGUGCCUAAAAAGGAAAAUAAGAUGCUAUCAGAGAGCCUUUCUGGUUCUGUAGUUCCUGAAAGCUUUGAGCUGGCAACAGAAAAAAGAGCUAAAGAGCGACAGGAGUUUGAAAAGCGAUUGGCAAACCUAGAAGCCAGAAGAGAGAAGCUUCAAGAACGAGUCAGACAGCAAGAAGAGGAACGUGAAAAGGAAGAAAUUGCUAAGCUAAGACAAGAACUGGUUCACAAGGCAAACCCAAUCCGCAGAUACCGCAGCGUAGAAGUGAAGCCCAGCGAGCAGCCGCUGACUAUGCCCAAAUCUCCAAACUUCUCGGACAGAUUCCGAUGCUGACGUGCAUCCUUGUGAUAGCAGGAAUACAGCACGUCCUGCUCUGCCCCUUGACGUGCAGAGGAGGAGCAGUUGUUUGUGGAUCCCCCCGGUCUCAACAGCCACACUUGGCUCCGUUAUCGUUUGAGUGGUUUGACUCCGUUUGAGGCAGAUGGCAGAGGCACAGCACAGAGCCACGCAGCCUCCGUGGCCUCAUUUUUACAUCUAGACAUCUUAGUCUCCUAAGACUAAACCAGGUUUUUAUAUUGCAUACAAACAUUGUGUACUUAAACUAAAUAAAAAAAAGUCAUGAUUUGACUGCUGUCUCUUGCUAGCAGGCUCAGUCUCGUUCCAAGAGAGCUCUUCUUAAAGGACACUCUGAACCUGCGGGGCUGUGUGCACCUGAAGAGCUGCCUUGCCUUUGUACACCUAAGUAUUGAUUUCAGUUUGCUGUCUCUUGGGCUUUUACAAUAUAUUAAGUUUGAGUCAUGUUGAAUAAUAUGAGACUUCCACAAGCCAGUGUGUCAGAGGUCUGUCAUGAUGUUUAGAUGAAUGCUGAUAUUUGUCUUGUCUUGCUUUAAAGUAGUUCUGUGUGUGGUAGAGCAUUAAACCUUCUGCUGUUUUAUAACUGAAGUCAUUCUAUUUGGGGAACCAGUUAACUGGCAAAUGACUCUUGCUGUUUUGCUGCCUCUCUGGCUUGUGCCAGCACAGCUAUGUUGGCUAAAGAUGCAUUGUCUCCUGGCCAGUCUAGCACAGCCAAACUAAAUAUAGACCAAAUGGUCUGAGGUGCUAGAGGACAAAAAUUGCAGCGUUGUGAAGAGAUGUUCAAAUCCAGAUUAAAGCUCACUCAGAUGAUCCCUUA